CGUCAAAGCAAUUAUGGCCCCGCAGGCAGCGUCGGCGUCGCUCAAGCCGUUCCUGGUCAAGUUGGUGCCGCUCUGCUUCGUCGCUGGCGCGUGCAUGGAGCUCUUCAUGGUCAAAACAGGGUUCUAUGACAUUGUGACGAAGAACGAGGCGGAAGUCCGAGCGCAGAAACGCGCCGAACGGAACGAGUACCUCCGCCAGCGCGAGCAAGCACACAAUCCAUCGCGAUAAAGAAUCGGAUUACAACUCGUUCUAUCACAUCUAUCACACAUCUGUUCGAAAC